AAGGAUAAAGCGGCUACAGAUAAUGAGAUGAGAUGAAUGAGGAGUUUUGCAGCUACAUCUGCCUUACAGGAGGAUUCUAAUUUGUGUUAGAAUGUGUCUGUAUGAUAUGCAAUUAUUAAUUAAAUACUCUCUACACACUUUAAUUGCACACAGUUUGACUCUAUUCCUCUAAUUCCAUGAUUUCUGAUGGUGACUGUUUGCACCAGAACUCAUUUCGGAGUUUCACAGCAGUAGGAGCGAUCACUUUUACAAACUACACUGAUGAUGUUUUUUCUUUCUCUCAUGUCAGUAUUAUAGGUUUGUUUUUUGUGCAGGUUUGUGACAUAUGAUUUCAAUUGACGUGUCACUCUGUGAAAUGUGGAAAGAGUUAAGUGGAGUGAGUACUUAAAAGACACCACGUAGUAUUUUGUGUCGACAGCUGAUUUUGGUUUGGUUGUUGUUGGGAAUAUGUGAACAUGCUAAAAGCGAGCAUGGACACGAGAGGCAGGUGUGUGGGGUUCAGAGGAUAAAGGCAAAUAUGACUGAAGGGUUGCUUUGUCAAGUUUUAGGCCCCUCUGGGGUAAAAUCCAAGCAGUGGGAAGGCUCUUUGGAGGGAUUUUUUUUUCCCCAUCAGAUGGCGUUCCUGAUGGAAGAAGAAGAAAAAUGAGUCCAAGAAGUCGGGUACACCCUCAAACAGGACGGGUUAAUUUUCAGUCGUAUCAAGGGCAUUUCAGUGCGGAUUACUUGUUUCGAGGCACUCCGACGGUGUUUUGUGAGACGGAGAGGUGGAAGGACAGAAGUUCCUCCUUGCCUUUUACAUUUUGUUUCAUGCUUUUAAAAGUUGAAGAGCACUUUGGUAGAUCUGGUGCGAAUCUCUGCGUCAGUGGAGGAAUGUUGCAGUUCAUCCGUAAGGAGGUUCAUAAUCAUGAAGUGGAACGCAGGAUUCGACGAACGCGCCUCGUGACCAAGGACGGCCACUGUAACAUUGAAUUUGGCAAUGUUGCGUAUCAUAGCCAUUUUGCUUACCUCAUGGACUUUUGGACCACCUUUGUUGAGAUCCAAUGGUGUUUUGUUAUACUUUUCUUUGUCACUGCUUUCACGGGGAGCUGGUUCGUCUUUGGCCUGCUGUGGUACUUCAUUGCAAAAAGCAACGGAGACCUGGAGGGAGAGAACAUUCCUGAUGGGCAUUUAAAGUGUAUCGAGAACGUAAACGAUCUCACAAGUGCCUUUCUGUAUUCCUUAGAGACACAGACGACCAUUGGAUAUGGUGGACGAGCUUUGACGGGUCACUGUGCUGAGACAGUAGCCCUUCUGGUCGUCCAGUCUCUAAUGGGUGCCAUUAUAAACUGCUUCAUGUGUGGCCUGAUUCUCGCCAAAAUCUCACUCCCAAAAAAUCGAGCCAAGACUGUUAUCUUUAGUGACACGGCUGUGAUCUGUUUGAAAAACGAAAGGCUGUGCUUGCAGAUCAGAGUCGCCAACCUUCGGAAGACAUUGCUUAUUGGCAGCCAUAUUUACGGCAAGCUCUUGAAAACCAGUGUCACUCCAGAUGGAGAGCCCAUCAUCCUGGACCAGGUCAAUGUUGACUUCCUGGUGGAUGCUGGCAAGGAUAACCUCUUCUUUGUUUGUCCACUAACUCUGUACCAUGUAAUUGACGGUUCUAGUCCUUUUUCAGAGAUGACUGUUGAUACACUUCUGCAGCAGGAGAUUGAGCUGGUGGUCUUCCUGGAGGGUAUGGCGGAAUCCACGAGUUCCUCCUGCCAGGUCCGCACAUCCUACAUCCCACGUGAGAUCCAGUGGGGUUACUGCUUCCUGCCCAUCAUCUCACGAACCGAAGGGGGCAAAUACCAUGUCGACUUCUCUAAUUUCUCUAAAACUGUUCCAGUAGCCACACCUCACUGCCCCAGCUGCUAUCUAAAUAAACCAAACAAAGAUCUUGUUCUUCACCAGCAUGAGCAGCAAGGCAUCGACAAUCCUGGGUUUGAGAUAGUUAUGACUGAAGGUUUUGCAGACAAUGUGCAAAAGUGAUGGAGAUGGCUGGAGAACCCCCUGUCCUGCACAUUUUAGUGGUUUCCCUGCUCAAACACACACCCAUUUCAGAAAAGGUGUUGAAGCAGGAAAAAACGCAAAAAUGUGCCGGACAGGGUUGGGAACCUGAGGCCAAGAACAAAGUGCUGCUUUGAAACAACAGAACAUGACUGAACUUUGAAGAGGCAUCAUUGUUGAGGAUCAAGCUGAGCAAUCAUUACCAGUUAGUCAGGAUAUGGUGUGCUCCGAUUUAUAGAAAGGACAAAUAAGGGUGUUCCUCAGGGUUCUGCACUUGGGCCUCUCCUGUUCCCAAUAUUUGUUACCUUUUGGGAGAUAACUGCAGUGUAGUUAGAAAAUUUUUAUGCAUAAAUAUAGAUAGAAAUAAUCAACUGACAUUCCAUUGUAACUUCCUGUUUAAAAGUUUGGAUUUCAAAUAAUUUUCUUGAACGUUAAAGACUGUCAG